AGGCCAGCAUACAGCAUGUCGGAGAUAGGAGACCUCGCCAUGAAGGAGUUUGGGGUAGCGGCUCCAUUCUUGAGGAAGUCGGACCUCGAGCGCCUGGAGGCACAAACGCGCCCCUUCGACAUGAAGAGGGAGUGCUUUGUGCCCGACCCUGAAGAGGAGUACGUCAAGGCUUCCAUCAUCAGCAGAGAUGGUGACAAAGUCACUGUUGAAACUGCAAAGGGAAAGAGUGUAGUGGUGAAGGACGCAGACGUCCUCCCUCAGAACCCGCCCAAGUUUGAUAAAAUUGAAGACAUGGUGAUGUUCACCUUCCUCCAUGAGCCUGCUGUGCUGUUUAACCUCAAAGAGCGUUACGCAGCAUGGAUGAUCUACACCUACUCUGGGCUUUUCUGUGUAACUGUAAACCCCUACAAGUGGCUGCCAGUGUACGACCAGGAGGUGGUUAAUGCCUACAGAGGCAAGAAGAGGCAAGAAGCUCCUCCUCAUAUCUUCUCCAUCUCUGACAAUGCUUACCAGUAUAUGUUGGCAGACAGGGAGAAUCAGUCUGUUCUUAUCACGGGAGAAUCUGGUGCUGGGAAGACUGUCAACACAAAGAGAGUAAUUCAGUACUUUGCCAGCAUUGCUGCAUCUGGACCCUCUUCAAAGAAGGAUGGCUCUGAGAAAAAGGGAACCCUGGAGGAUCAAAUCAUCCAGGCUAAUCCUGCUCUUGAGGCCUUUGGCAAUGCCAAAACUAUCAGAAAUGACAACUCCUCAAGAUUUGGCAAAUUCAUCCGAAUUCAUUUUGCCGCCAGUGGAAAGCUAGCUUCUGCUGAUAUUGAGACCUACUUGCUGGAGAAGUCUCGUGUCACCUUUCAGCUCAAAGCUGAGAGAGACUACCACAUUUUCUACCAGAUCCUGUCUCAAAAGAAACCUGAACUCUUGGAAAUGCUGCUCAUCACCAACAACCCCUAUGACUACUCCUUCAUCUCCCAAGGAGAGACGACCGUAGCCUCCAUCAAUGACGCUGACGAGCUCAUGGCCACUGAUGAAGCUUUUGAUGUCCUGGGCUUCACUGUGGAAGAGAAGAACAGUAUCUACAAGCUGACUGGUGCCAUAAUGCACUACGGCAACAUGAGGUUCAAGCAGAAGCAGCGUGAGGAGCAGGCAGAGGCUGACGGCACUGAGAUUGCUGACAAAUCAGCGUACCUGAUGGGCCUGAACUCUGCUGACCUCAUCAAGGGUCUGUGUCACCCGAGGGUCAAAGUAGGAAACGAGUGGGUCACCAAAGGACAGAGUGUCCAACAGGUGUACUACGCCAUGGGGGCACUGGCUAAGUCAGUGUAUGAGAAGAUGUUCCUGUGGAUGGUGGUGAGAAUCAACCAGUCCCUGGACACCAGACAACCUCGUCAGUAUUUCAUAGGAGUGCUGGACAUUGCUGGUUUUGAGAUCUUUGAUUAUAACACUUUUGAGCAGCUAUGCAUCAACUUCACCAAUGAGAAACUGCAACAGUUUUUCAAUCAUCACAUGUUUGUGCUGGAGCAAGAAGAGUAUAAGAAAGAAGGCAUUGAGUGGACAUUCAUAGAUUUCGGAAUGGACUUGCAAGCUUGUAUUGACCUCAUAGAAAAGCCUAUGGGUAUCAUGUCCAUCCUUGAAGAGGAGUGCAUGUUCCCUAAAGCCAGUGAUGCCACAUUUAAAGAAAAGCUUUAUGACAAUCAUCUGGGGAAAUCCAACAACUUCCAGAAACCGAGAGUUGUGAAAGGCAAACCGGAGGCCCAUUUCUCCCUGGUUCAUUAUGCUGGCAGUGUGGACUACAACAUCAACAACUGGUUGGUGAAGAACAAGGACCCUCUGAAUGAGACGGUUGUUGGACUUUACCAAAAGUCCACCCUCAAACUCCUGGGAGUGCUCUUUGCAAACUAUGCUGGGGAGUCAGGUAAUGUUCAAAGUGGCAAAGGAGCAAAAAAGAAGGGCUCCUCUUUCCAAACUGUGUCUGCUUUGCAUAGGGAAAACUUAAACAAGUUGAUGACGAACUUGAGGUCCACUCACCCCCACUUUGUGCGCUGCCUCAUCCCCAAUGAGACCAAGACUCCUGGGGCGAUGGACAACCCUCUGGUGAUGCACCAGCUGCGCUGUAACGGUGUGCUGGAAGGCAUCAGGAUCUGCAGAAAGGGCUUCCCCAACAGGAUUCUGUACGGGGACUUCAAACAGAGAUAUCGUAUUCUGAACCCAGCAGCAAUUCCAGAUGGACAGUUUAUUGACAGCAAAAAGGGGGCAGAGAAGUUACUCGGAUCUCUCGAUAUUGACCACAAUCAGUACAAGUUUGGACACACAAAGGUGUUCUUCAAGGCUGGUCUGCUGGGUCUACUGGAAGAAAUGAGAGAUGAACGACUAGCACUCAUUAUAACAGCAAUACAGGCUAAAUCACGGGGGCUUCUUGCAAGACUUGAGUUCCAGAAGAUUGUUGAGCGCAGGGAUUCCUUACUUGUUAUCCAGUGGAAUGUGCGUGCUUUCAUGGGGGUCAAGAAUUGGCCUUGGAUGAGGCUUUUCUUCAAGAUCAAGCCCUUACUGAGGUCAGCUGAGGCUGAGAAGGAGAUGGCUAACAUGAAGGAAGAAUUCCUUAAAUUGAAAGAGGCCUAUGCAAAAUCUGAAACUCGUAGGAAGGAGCUGGAAGAGAAAAUGGUCUCUCUUCUCCAAGAGAAGAAUGACCUCAAUCUCCAAGUUCAGGCAGAACAAGAUAAUCUUUGUGAUGCUGAAGAGCGGUGUGACCAACUGAUUAAGCAUAAAAUUCAAAUGGAGGCCAAAAUCAAAGAGAUGACCGAGAGACUGGAGGAUGAGGAGGAGAUGAAUUCUGAUAUGACAGCAAAGAAGAGGAAGCUGGAAGAUGAGUGCUCUGAGCUCAAGAAGGACAUUGAUGACCUGGAGCUCACCUUGGCUAAAGUGGAGAAAGAAAAGCAUGCCACUGAGAACAAGGUGAAAAAUCUGACUGAGGAAAUGGCAGGUCUUGAUGAAAUCAUUGCCAAGCUGACCAAGGAAAAGAAAGCUCUACAAGAAGCACAUCAGCAAACUCUAGAUGAUCUGCAAAGUGAGGAGGACAAAGUCAACAACCUCACCAAGGCCAAAGCCAAGCUGGAGCAGCAAGUGGAUGAUCUUGAGGGCUCUCUGGAGCAAGAGAAGAAGGUGAGGAUGGAUCUGGAAAGAGCCAAGAGGAAGCUGGAGGGUGACUUAAAGUUGGCCCAGGAGAGUGUGAUGGACCUGGAAAAUGACAAACAACAACUGGUGGAGUGCCUGAAAAAGAAGGACUUUGAGAUCAGCCAGGUCAAUGGGAAGAUAGAAGAUGAGCAAAUUAUCAGCAUUCAGCUCCAGAAGAAAAUGAAGGAGUUGCAGGCUCGUAUAGAGGAGCUGGAGGAAGAGCUUGAGGCAGAGCGAGCUGCCAGAGCUAAAGUAGAGAAACAGAGAGCAGACCUGGCCAGAGAGCUGGAGGAGAUCAGUGAGAGGCUGGAGGAGGCUGGUGGAGCCACUGCUUCCCAGAUUGAGAUGAACAAGAAAAGGGAAGCCGAGUUCCACAGGCUACGCAGAGACCUUGAAGAGGCAACUCUGCACCACGAAGCUACGUCCGCCACCCUCAGGAAGAAACAAGCCGACAGUGUGGCCGACCUGGGAGAGCAGAUAGACAACCUGCAGAGAGUCAAGCAGAAGCUGGAGAAGGAGAAGAGUGAGCUCAGGCUGGAGCUGGAUGAUGUGGUCUCCAACAUGGAACAUGUUGUUAAGACCAAGGCAAAUCUGGAAAAGGCAAACAGGACAUUAGAAGACCAGAUGAACGAAUACAAGACUAAAUUUGAGGAGGGUCAACGUACGAUUAAUGAUUUCACCAUGCAUAAGGCAAAGCUGCAAGCUGAAAAUGGUGAGCUUACGAGACAGAUGGAGGAAAAGGACUCUCUAGUCUCUCAGCUGACCAGAAGCAAGCAGUCCUACACCCAACAAACUGAGGAUCUUAAAAGACAACUGGAAGAGGAAGUCAAGGCCAAGAACGCUCUUGCUCAUGCAGUGCAGUCUGCUCGCCAUGACUGUGACCUGCUCAGAGAGCAGUAUGAAGAGGAGCAGGAGGCCAAGGCUGAGCUGCAGAGAUCCAUGUCCAAGGCCAACUCUGAGGUGGCUCAGUGGAGAACCAAGUACGAGACUGAUGCCAUCCAGAGAACUGAGGACCUGGAGGAGGCAAAGAAGAAAUUAACUCAGCGCUUGCAAGAUGCGGAGGAGGCUGUAGAAGCUGUCAAUGCAAAAUGUUCUUCUUUGGAGAAGACCAAACACAGGCUCCAGAAUGAGAUUGAAGAUCUCAUGGUGGACAUAGAUAGAGCAAAUGCAGCCGCGGCUGCCCUAGACAAAAAGCAAAGGAACUUUGACAAGGUCUUGGCGGAGUGGAAGCAGAAGUUUGAGGAGUCCCAGACAGAGCUGGAGGGCUCCCAGAAGGAGGCCAGGGCUUUGAGCACAGAGCUGUUCAAACUGAAGAACUCCUAUGAAGAAGCUCUGGAUCACUUGGAGACAAUGAAGAGGGAGAACAAGAACCUUCAAGGGGAGAUCUCAGAUUUGACUGAGCAACUGGCUGUGGGAGGGAAGAGCAUCCACGAACUGGAGAAAAUAAGAAAACAGUUGGAACAGGAGAAGAGUGAAAUCCAGUCAGCUCUAGAGGAGGCAGAAGCCUCUCUUGAACAUGAGGAGGGUAAGAUCCUGAGGGCCCAGCUCGAGUUCAAUCAGGUAAAGGCUGAGAUGGAGCGCAAACUUGCUGAGAAGGAUGAGGAGAUGGAGCAGUCAAAGAGGAACCUUCAAAGGACCAUUGACACCCUUCAAAGCUCUCUGGAGUCAGAGACUCGCAGCAGGAAUGAGGCCCUCAGGAUUAAGAAGAAGAUGGAGGGUGACCUCAAUGAGAUGGAGAUCCAGUUGAGUCAGGCCAACAGGCAGGCAGCAGAGUCCCAGAAACAGCUCAAAGUUGUUCAGGCUCAUCUGAAGGAUGCUCAACUUCAGCUUGACGACUCUUUAAGAAGCAAUGAUGAUCUGAAGGAGAACAUAGCUAUAGUGGAGAGGCGUAAUAACCUGCUUCAGGCAGAACUGGAGGAGCUGAGAGCCACACUGGAGCAGACCGAGAGAGGUCGCAAGCUGGCGGAGCAGGAGCUGCUGGACACCAGCGAGAGGGUUCAGCUGCUCCACUCACAGAACACCAGCCUUUUGAACCAGAAGAAGAAGCUGGAGAACGACACAAGCCAGCUUCAGACUGAGGUGGAAGAGGCAGUUCAGGAGUGCCGGAAUGCUGAGGAGAAGGCCAAGAAGGCCAUCACUGAUGCUGCCAUGAUGGCUGAGGAGCUGAAGAAGGAGCAGGACACCAGUGCUCACCUGGAGCGCAUGAAGAAGAACAUGGAGCAGACCAUUAAGGACCUGCAGCACCGCCUUGAUGAGGCAGAACAAAUCGCCAUGAAGGGAGGAAAGAAGCAAAUUCAGAAGCUGGAGACUAGGGUCAGAGAACUGGAGAAUGAAGUUGAAUCUGAACAGAAGAAAAGUGGUGAAGCUAUCAAAGGAAUUCGUAAAUAUGAAAGACGCAUCAAAGAGCUGUCAUACCAGACUGAGGAGGACAAGAAGAAUCUAACCCGACUGCAAGAUCUGGUGGACAAGCUGCAGCUGAAGGUCAAAGCCUACAAGAGGAAUGCAGAGGAGGCUGAGGAACAGUCCAACACCAACAUGGGCAAGUUCCGGAAGAUUCAGCAUGAGCUGGAUGAGGCUGAGGAGAGAGCCGACAUCGCAGAGUCUCAAGUCAACAAGCUGCGUGCCAAGAGCAGGGACGUGGGCUCCAAGGUUAGUGUUGCUGUUCAAAGAUCAUAAUUACUUUUUACAACC